AUGGUCCGACUGCUGGUUUCUGAUGUUCGAGUGGAUGCCAAUUGGAAGGACUUCCGCCAGAUAACCCCACUCAGUGUUGCAGCGGCUUGUGGUAUGGAAAGAGCAAUACGUAGCUUGGUUGCACAUGGUGCGGAUAUCAAUAGUUGGGAUGAGAACGGAGACACCCCACUACACUACGCGGCGCGAAAACGUCAGGAGACUUCCCUGCGACAACUUUUCCAGUACCACCAUCUGGAUGUCACUGCAACCAACAAAAACGGUGCGAGGGGCUAUCACAUUGCAAUUCUUACCCUGGAUUAUCACACACUGGCGCGGCCUCAGGCGACAAUUCCCGGCCGCCACGAAAUUCCUCUCUCUAUUGCUCGGUCAGCAGCCGGGCCAGGUGCAAUAGAAGACAUCUUCCUACAAAAAGGUCUGUAA